AUGCCUCGAUCUGCACCUGCAAACUCAAAUGGUGCCCCUCCUCCAUAUGGUGGAGAUGCCAUAUACAUUCCGAAACGGGACCGCACCAAGUACCGAAACGUGAAGAAGAUGAACGUAAAUGCGAUCGCUAUCCCGAUGCAAAGCGCCACGAAAAAAAGUACUGUUGAUGGCUUGCUCCCUAUGAAAUCUGAUGAAGAAGAUGACGAAAAGCUUGAUGAGGUACUCGAAUUUGUUUCCUGCGCUGUACUUGAUGUUGUCGACGUGUAA